GGAUGGAUGGGCGACAGGAUUUGUUCGGAUUUAGGUCCUAACAAGAAUCCAUUAUAAACAAGUUUGGAAGCCCAAGAGCCUGCUUGCCCUUAUAUUAUCUGCGCUUUAGCCGUCAUACCUGCGUUUUUCCUUGACCGAUUUUGCUUGACUGCCCCAUACAGUCAGUCAGUCACCAUGACAGCGAUACGGACCACAGACGAGAAGAGCGAUAUCGACCAGCCCGACGCGCUCGCUCUUGAGACUAAGAGUGAAGGUUCCUCGGAGGCACUCGGCUGGACCGCAGAAGAAGAAACUGCCGUUCGCAGAAAAUUAGAUUGGCAAUUGGUGCCGACCGUCACUAUCCUAUAUCUCCUCUGCUUCCUCGAUCGGAUAAAUAUAGGAAAUGCGCGUAUUCAAGGAAUGCAAGAAGAUCUGAACCUUGUCGGAUACCGAUUCAACAUCGCGACAAGCAUUUUCUAUAUCGUCUAUUUGACGGUGGAGGUGCCGUCUAACAUCAUACUCAAGCGUGUCGGUCCCCGAUUCUAUCUUCCCGGACUAGUUGUUGGGUUCGGCGCCGUAUCUGUAGGGACGGCCUUCGUAAAGAGUUACGAGCAGCUAUGCGCCGUUCGUGCGUUGUUGGGGAUCUUCGAGGGCGGGACCAUGCCUGGUUUGGCAUUCUUCCUCAGUUCCUUCUAUAAGAGAGAAGAACUCUAUUUUAGAGUUGGCAUUUACGUCUCGGCCGCUUCGCUUGCUGGCGCAUUCGGUGGAUUGUUGGCCGCAGGAUUCUCGCAGAUCCCGGAUUGGGGUAUCGCAAGCUCGAGGUUGCACACCUGGCGCAACAUCUUCUUCUUCGAGGGCAUCAUCACCAUAGUCUUUGCCGCAUUGGCCCCCAUCAUCUUGCCGCAGAGUCCCGAGACGUCGAAGUUCCUCACGGACCGCGAGAAGUGGAUCGCCGCCGAAAGACUUCGCCUCGAGCACAAGGCCAAUCCGAACGAAAAGGUGCAGUCGCGCCACGUCAAGCGCGCGCUGCUAAAUAUCAACAAUUACAUCUGCGCGGCCGGUUUCUUCACUAUCAACAUCACCGUCCAGGGCCUCUCCGUCUUCAUGCCUACGCUUCUCCGAGAGUUGGGAUGGCAGUCGCUGACGGCGCAGUACUACACCGUUCCCGUGUACGUUGCCGCCUCGCUCAUUGCGAUCGCCAUCGGCUUCGUCAGCGACAAGACGAGGAUGCGCGGCAUCUACCUAGCCCUGUUCACGUUCCUCGGGAUCACGGGCUUCGCGAUGCUCCGGUGGGGCUCGGGCAACCACGUCAAGUACGGCGCCGUGUACCUCUGCGCCAUCGGCGCGUUCCCCGGCGGACCCGGGUUCCUGUCCUGGGGCCUCAACAACGCGGCGGGUCCUGCGGUGCGCGCCGUCUCCAGCAGCUGGAUCGUGACGCUGGGGACGAUGGGCGGCAUCCUGGCCGUCUGGGCGUACCUGCCGAACGACGGGCCGUCGUUCCCCAUCGGCCACACGAUCAACCUCGCGGCGCAGAUCUUCGUGCUGUUCCUCUCGCUCGGCGGCAUCGCCUACUGCCUGUGGGAGAACCGCGUGCGGGCCCGCGGGGGCCGGAACGCUAGGCUCGAGGGCUUAACGGAGGAGGAGAAGGCCGAUCUGGGGUACAGACAUCCUGAUUUCAGAUAUAUCGCGUGAUUUACAUACGUACCUGUACCUAGGUAGGUAGCUUACCUUAGGUACGAUUCUUGGAGCGCUUUUUUGAAUAUACGUAUGGCGCGCAUUUGGGAAAUUACAGUACCUGCCUAGGUAUCUACCUAGGUAGGUAGGUACCUACUUAACUAAGGAAGGGAGGGUACUUAGAGAACCCCGUGACGAUGGGGACUGACUUCGACGGGAAACG